UGGCGGGGGGAGCAGGCUUGCGAGCUGCUGGCUGACUGGCCGGCCGCCGCAAAACAACAUGAUCUUCAAUGAAUGAAUGAAAGCGCGUAGCGCGGUGGCUGAGGGGACAAGCAAGAGAAAUUUUUGAGGUGACGUCUACGACUUGUUGCACCUUGUAGGUAGGGCCCUGCCUAGGAGCAGAGCUAGUCGGCUUUGGUGCUCCCUGACGGGCUCCGCUGAGCAUGGGCGGGUACUGCUGCUGCUUAUCCGCGGAGGAGAGGGAGAGCAAGCGCCUGAGCUUGGAGAUUGAGCGGCAGCUGCGCAGGGACAAGCGAGAUGCGCGCAAGGAGUUCAAGUUGCUGCUGCUGGGUACAGGAGAAAGUGGCAAGAGUACAUUUAUUAAGCAGAUGAGGAUUAUUCAUGGGUCAGGCUUUACAGAAGAAGACCGGAAAAGCUUUACAGUACUAGUUUAUCAAAACAUAUUUACUGCUAUGCAAUCAAUGAUCAGAGCCAUGGACACUUUACAAAUACUGUACUCCUCUGAUGAGAAUAAGGAAAAUAGUCUGAUGAUUGGAAAAAUGGAGGUAGACAAAGUAACAACACUUGAAAGAAAACAUGUGGAAGCAAUUAAGAAGCUGUGGGAGGACCCAGGAAUCCAAGCAUGCUAUAACAGACGGAGAGAAUAUCAAUUGACAGACUCGGCUAAAUAUUAUCUUUCGGACAUAGAUCGUAUUGCCUUGCCAUCAUUUGUACCAACAGAGCAAGAUGUUCUCAGAGUAAGAGUACCAACCACUGGAAUUAUCGAAUAUCCUUUUGAUCUAGACAGUGUUAUGUUUAGAAUGGUGGAUGUUGGUGGACAGAGAUCAGAAAGAAGGAAGUGGAUUCACUGUUUUGAAAGUGUUACCUCCAUAAUAUUCUUAGUUGCUUUGAGUGAAUAUGAUCAAGUAUUGGCCGAAAGCGACAAUGAGAAUCGGAUGGAAGAAAGCAAAGCCUUAUUUAAAACUAUCAUCACAUACCCUUGGUUUCUAAACUCUUCAAUUAUCUUAUUCUUAAAUAAAAAAGAUCUGUUAGAAGAAAAGAUUAUGUAUUCUCACUUAAUCACCUAUUUUCCACAGUUCACAGGACCUAAGCAAGACGUCACAGCUGCCCGAGAGUUCAUUCUGAAGCUAUACCAGGAUCAGAGUCCAGACAAAGAGAAAGUAAUCUAUUCCCAUUUUACAUGUGCCACUGACACAGAGAACAUUAGAUUUGUCUUUGCUGCUGUGAAGGACACCAUUCUGCAGUUGAAUCUAAGGGAGUUCAACCUGGUGUAAACCAAAAGCGACCCAUUAUUCUAUCUAUUCACCAAGCAAUCUGCAUUGUAUUUAACAGGAAUAGUAGAUAGCUCUGUGUUUGUCUGCAGUAAUUGCAUCUGAGGGUGGAAUAUUUACUGAACAGAAACUGAACUUCAAGAAUUAUGUUUACAAGUCCGUUUUUUAAAAAAACUACAGAAUACUGUUUUGUGUCUUUCACUUUUAAUUUGAGAUACAUAUGUGAGGAUUUUUGUUUUAUUUAAGAAAAAAAAUUGUAUAGGCUUUAAUAUAUGCUUUCUGCUUCAUUUAACUUGCAUUUUUAUUGUAUUUGAUGAUCAUGUAUAAAAUCAUAUAUAGCUUUAAACCUGAGAUGCCUUAGAAGGUUAGAUAUUAUAUUGUAACUUGAAUAAGAAAUGAGUGCUUGGAAUGUGAAUGGAAAAAGUAAUUAUAUUUAAUACUUUACAUGCUUUUUGAAAUUAAAAUCAAAUAAACUGAAAUCAAAUAAAUAAUAAUAAAUGAAAUCAAAAUCAAAAUAAAAUAAAUAAAUUCUC